AACUUGCUGCUUCUCCAGGAAAUAGGACAAAAGUUGUGCUUGCCUAACUAAAUGCCAUAUGGGGGAGCUGCUGAGUUGCUUUUACCAGGGAAAGCUCUUGGUUGUCCCUGUUCAGUGGCUGCGUUUUCCUUUUGUGUGUGUACAGUAUGUUUUUCUCUUGGUGGGCGGAAAGCUUCCCCUUGCCCAUCUGAGUGUGAUGAGUCUGCCUCUGCUCUGGUUUCCUUCUGAUGGAAGAAUCUACGGCUUCCACUAGCAGGACGCAAAGCCACUCCUUGAAAAUAUGAGCCCGGACAACAUUCACACUGUUCCAGAUGCUUUGUGUUUGUGCUGCCACCGGAAAAACUUCACUCUGAGAGGAAAUGCAGCUGUGGAAAACGGCAUCCUAGAGACUGAAAUGAGUUUGCAUUCUGGAGGAUCUCCAUCAUGAAUAGAUAUACAACUAUUAAACAGCUGGGAGAUGGGACUUACGGUUCUGUUCUCCUGGGAAGAAGUAUUGAAUCAGGGGAGCUGAUCGCCAUUAAGAGGAUGAAGAGGAAAUUCUACUCCUGGGAAGAAUGUAUGAAUCUUCGAGAAGUUAAGUCCUUGAAGAAACUCAACCAUGCCAAUGUGGUGAAACUGAAAGAAGUUAUCAGAGAAAAUGAUAAUCUGUACUUUGUGUUUGAAUACAUGAAGGAGAACCUUUAUCAGUUAAUGAAAGAAAGGAACAAAUUAUUUCCCGAAUCUACUGUCAGGAAUAUUAUGUAUCAGAUUCUUCAAGGGCUUGCAUUCAUACAUAAACAUGGGUUUUUCCAUAGGGACCUGAAACCUGAAAACCUCCUUUGCAUGGGACCGGAACUUGUGAAAAUCGCAGACUUUGGCCUUGCACGGGAAAUCAGAUCCAGACCUCCCUACACAGAUUACGUAUCCACAAGAUGGUACAGAGCUCCUGAAGUGCUUUUGAGAUCCACUAACUAUAGUUCUCCCAUUGAUAUCUGGGCUGUUGGUUGUAUCAUGGCAGAGGUUUACACACUCCGGCCGCUCUUCCCAGGAGCUAGUGAAAUUGAUACUAUUUUCAAGAUUUGCCAAGUGCUGGGGACGCCAAAAAAGAAUGACUGGCCCGAAGGCUACCAGCUUGCCGGCACUAUGAAUUUCCGCUGGCCUCAGUGCGUCCCAAACAACCUGAAGACCCUCAUCCCUAACGCAAGCAGCGAGUCAAUACAGCUCAUGAGAGACAUGUUGCAGUGGGACCCCAAAAAGCGGCCAACGGCAAGCCAGGCUCUUCGAUAUCCUUACUUCCAGGUUGGCCAAUUACUGGGCACCUCUCGCUCUACUCAGGAGCUGGGAAAGCAACAGAGAGACCUUCCUGAUAAAGCACAAGUCCACAUGAAACCCAUUCCACCAGCACAGCCUCCUCCUAAAGCACAAGUUCGCCUUUCCUUCAGACCAUUCCAGCAGAACCAGUCCUCCCACUCCCUGAUAUACCCUUACAAAACAGACACCACCGUGAGUGACCAUUUAAGAGAAGACAAGCCUAGCCAGGUGGCUUUGCCAGAAAUUCACAAUAAGAUUCCUCAGCAGAAAGCAGACAUUGGUACAGAGAAGACAAAUGGGGAACUCAAACCAAAGAGCCGUCGUAGAUGGGGACACAUUCCCGGGACACUAAAAGACACUGAGGAUUGGGAAGAUCUGGAAGAUGGAGGUGUUAACUCCUCAUUUGCCAGAAAAGAACUUAAAAACAAAGGACAGAGUGAUGAAGCUCUUUGUGGAUUUGAAAGUAUCUCGGAUCUCAAGCCGUCAGCCUGCUUAGGAACUGGGAACAGCGCACCUUCCUACCUUCGGCAGGACACACCAACAUUGCAAGUUUCUGCAGCCAAACAACAUUACUUGAAACAUUCUAGGUAUUUACCUGGAAUAAGCACAAGAAAUAAUUUAGUCUCAAGUUCAAGCAAAGAUUCCACCCCGUCCAAUCCAUGGCCCAGUUUUAAUUUACCUGGAAAGACAUCGGUGGUAGCAGGAGGGAUCACCAGGCUGAACUCCAGCAACACAGGAGCGAGUGGGCUAAGGGGUGCUUACAUCCCUUCGUUUCUGAAGAAAGAAGUUGGCUCUGCUGGCCAGAGGGUUCAGUUAGCGCCGAUUAUUGAUGCAUCUUCAGACCCAUCUCAAUACACUUCUCUGAAGUCUGUCAGACCUCAUAUUGGGAGGCCGUCAUUUAACAUACCUAUGAAAAGCACACCAGGGCUGCUGCCCCACCCACCUCCAGUUCAACCAGUCCAUGGACGAAUUGACUGGUCUUCAAAAUAUGGCGCUCACCAUUGAACUCUUGAGCUGCAGUAUGCAUUUCACGAACAGUGACCAAUGAUAAGACUGUCUCCAGCAAUAUUUUAUACGCUGGCAGUUCUGCCGAUCUUUUUUUGUAUGACCAAGAAAUUUCAAGACCGCCGAAGAGGGUUUAUUUUUAGUUGUAUGUAUUUGAAAGCAAAUCUUGGACCUUUUUUUCUAUCAUUUUUAUUAUGUGAUUGGGGCAAUUAUUUUCAUAGAACCAAUACACAUUUGUAUAUCAGGUUUAGUAUUGUGGGUCCCUUGCUUUAUUUGGCAUUUUUAUAUGACGAACUUGUAACUUUUAAAAAGAAAACUAUUUUUCCUUUUUUGGCCUUUUUUAAUAUAAGUGAAUAAAUGUAGCAGAUUGAAGCAGUAUUUAAUAUAAAUAAGGUGCAGAUAGACAUAAGGGCAUUUACCAAAUACUUUAUAAAGUUAAAUUUUCAACCUGGUAUGUUGGAAAAAUAAUCUGUUAAGCUUAGUAUCCAGAGCCGCCUUUCAACUUCAUAAUUCAGCAGCCACAGUCAUGUUACUGAUCUCGUCUUUGCAGUAGCAAAACAUAAAAACAAGUGGGGCAUGAACUCCUUGUUCUUCAUGUGACUGAGAAUUGUUAGGGCUAGUUGAUCAGCAAGAAUAGUAAAGCUUUUCCUUCAGGCUGCAGAUAAGAGUUUUGUAUGUUCUGAACAAACUUGAAAAAACAAAUCCUUGCAUGUAAAACAUGAAUUUGGCAGAGGAAAAGAUCCAGCCUAUUUUUUCAGUGUUCAUGCUGGUUUAUUUGUUCCCUACAUACAGCUCAUAUUGGUUUGGUCCAGGAUAAGCUUCUCUCUGCUGACUAUGUAAACUGGAAAAGGGAAAGACGUGUGACAGCAGGAAAUUGACUUGACCACAUGCUUCUUCAUUCUAGCCUCUUUCCACAAUGGAAACUAAACCAUCUACAGAUGGAAUCAUCCUGCAGUGGGGAGCAAUAUGGGUUGCAAGAGUAGCAAGGCCCUUGGAUAAUAUUUAAAGCAAUAUUAAGUAUGACAAAGCUGGUUUGUAGAGUAAUAUAAAUGGAGUAUUAAGAUAAACACCAGCAGCAAAGUUAAAAUAUUUUUUUAAUAUUCCGCACAGCCUACAUUUCAUUUUUAUGGCUUGCCUUUUUGCAAACACAGCUCAGCAACUUUUGUUACAGGGUUGACAAAAUUUAUCCUUCAUAUAAUUUGAGGUUUACAUUAAGAAAUGAUUUGACAUGCAUAUUUAUAUACUGUAAUUUUAGGAUCGAGUUCCAGCCUUUCUAGAAUGGCCAGAUUUUAGCAGAUGUCAGUAAGCCAGAAUUUUAAAGAUUGAAGCUAUACAGCAGAACAUAGUAUAGAAAAUGGCAGAUUCAAACGUAUGCAUUGGUUUUUUAAAAUGAAAACAAAGAGUUGAAAAAGUUUUAAGGAGACUGCCUUGCCUGGCAAGUGUUCAGCUGAAAUGAUAUAUCAUUUUUAAAUUGAGGUGGGAGGAAUGGGGAUUAAGAUCUCAGCUCACAGAAAAGGCUCAAGUCAAGACGGCCUUUUUCUCAGGGAGAAAUAAUUAACCAAAGCCAGUAGCUGGGUGUUUCUGUCUAGGCAGUUUUUGAGUAUAGAAUGAGCAUCUUUUCUACGUCUUUGUUUCCAAUCUGUGGUAGGAAUCGCGCUGUGUCUUGAGCCAUAUUCUGCCAUUGCAUCUUCUCUGUCAUUCAUGAGGGCAGGAGAUGCAAGUAGGCAUGCUAAAAUUGUGUGUCAACAUCUUCCCAGCAUUUCCACACAGCCAGCGAAAGAGGUGGGCAGAUAACAGAACUGCAGAGGGAAUUUGAAAGCAGAGCUGUGGAUGAUUCUCUCAUAGAAAGCAUAGGGUGCAUAGGGUAGAGUUGGCCAUCACAACAGCUGGGAUGGCAACAAAGGUGCUGUCAAUUUUUUUAAAAAGCAUAACAGCUGCAUUGUUCUUUAAAUGCAUGGAUGUGAGACCUACAGCCCUUCAGAUGUGGCAGAACUCCAGUUCCCAUCAACCCCUCCCAGCAUGGUGGUCAGUAAUGGUGUAACAUGCAUUCCCCAGGUUGCCUACCUCUGCUCUAACCUGUCACAGGCAACAUCCCAACUCCAUAACUUUUGGGAAAUUAGCAUCCCCCCCCCCCGAAGGUAAUAGGAUAUGAACUCAUCACUUAUAACACCAUUUGGGUGUUAUCCCACCAACUGUUUCAUUUUUCCCUAUUUCCUUUGUUAUUGAGGGAAAGUAUGUAGUUUUGGUUUCAGCAACCAUGGAAACACAAGACUAACAGCUAUUUCCCUCUCUCCUGUACAUGAGCUAUAUUUGACCAGUAUUUCCUAUUUGUAGUGAAGCACAAAAUGGACCAAGAAGUCGUUAUAAUCUCUUAUCACAAAGCCUACACAAAGCCUUGCUCUGUUUAUUGCAGUCCUCAGUGGCUGCUAUAUGAGACAGAUGAAUUAGGAAGGAGAUAAAUUUGAUCCAUUUUUAAUUCUGCAGUGACAACGUAAUUUUCAAAAUUCAUUUAUCAAUGAGAUAACUAUAACCUGUUAAAUCAGUUUACUACUGACAUGGUAUUUGUAAAUUCUCUGUUGUGGUAUUUGUAUACCCCUCCAACGAAAAGCAAAAUUGCCAGUAUUUAAUGGAGGAUUAUUUCAUUUAGAACUUUUUUAAAAAAGGAGGACACUAGAGUUACUAAUUAUUAAAUGGUUUAGCUUGUCUUUAAUUUUGCUAAUAUGUUUUCCUUAUUAAGCUGCAAUUUUCAGCACAGUUCCUAAGGAACCAACCACACCGGCAUUUACUUUUGAAUAACUACUUAGGCUGUAAUCCUGUUAGCUCCCUUACCUGAAAGUCCUUUUUAGUUCAGUACAUGUAUAGGAUGUUCAGGCAUGUAAAGGAUUGCAAUGUAAGAAUCAUGAUUGAUAAUAGCCCAGAAAUAUUGUCUGAUUGCUUAACUCUGCAGUCCUGUGCAAAAUUACCUGGCAGUAAGGACCACUGAAUUCAGUGGAUCUUACUUCUGAGUAAGCACAUAUAACAUUGCACUGCAAGUUUAACAGAUCAGUCUGGAGUAGUUUAUAGUGACACAUCUGUCACUGAAUUCAUAUGGAGUACCUCUGCUUGAAGUACCUUUUCAUGAAUUGUUACUCUUAUAAUUUGAAUUGACAACAUAAUUCCCUGGAGAGCAAUAAAAUGGCCUUAUUUCCACUUCUCUUUGGUUUGUCACAAAAAAAUGAUAAAAACCACAAGCCAAAAUCUUACCCCGAGAUCUGACCAAAAGCAACAUCUCUGCCAAAUAUGCCACAUUUUAAAUGUUUUCCCUUAGUGAUGUUUGUGAUGCCUCUUCAUGUUUGAACCAUUUGUCUUGCAUGCUGUAGAGUAACUGGUGGGUGAGAAGAGCAUGAAAGACACUUUAUUCUGAAGUAAGAUACACUCACCUGUUCCAUUUCUGUACUACAGGUUUGUUUUAAAUUUUUUGCACUUAAAUGAAUGGGCACCUCGACCAGAUUAAAUUCGUUUUUCUUCAGGAGAUUAAGGCUGCAAUCCUAAACCCGCUUGAAGAGUAAACGUACAGUUUCCUACAUUCAACACCACUACACUGGCUUAUAAAGUUGUUGAGGGUUAUAAAAAACGGUUAUUGGUUUAUAUUUGUGAUGAUUAGUCAAUAAUGUAUCAGUGUUGAAUAGCUCCACUCUACUCACACGGUGACUCUAGCACAGUUUGUGGAUCACUACAGCCAAGGAACGCUUUAGUAAAAACACGAAACAUUGUGUGUCCUGUAGCCGAGGAAAAAUAUGUAUGGAGAAUAAGUACAAAGUUAAAUGUGAGUCAACGGGUAUAAUUGGGUAUUGAAAACCUAACAUGUUUUCUACUUGGGGGUCUUUUGUGGGUUUUUUAAACAAAUGCUUGUUUCCUUUUGUGUCAUGAGAGGCUCCUUCCCGAAAUAAAGUGUUUCAAAAAAUCAUGUUUUUGAGUAGUGCAUUCACUGAUAUUUGGUUGUGCCCAGUGC